AUGCAGCUUCUUUUUUUUCUGUGUCGAUCAACUGAUAUUUCGCUUUUUCUCGUCUUUCUUUCUUUCUUUCUUUCUUUCUUUCUUUCUUUCUUUCUUUCCUUCUUUCUUUCUUUCUUUCUUUCUUUCUACUCAACUGAUAUUUCGCUUUUUCUCGUCUUUCUUUCUUUCUUUCUUUCUUUCUUUCUUUCUUUCUUUCUUUCUUUCUUUCUUUCUUUCCUUCUUUCUUUCUUUCUUUCUUUCUACGUUUUAUAUUUUCCUUCUCUCCUGUCUAGUCAACUGAUAUUUCGCUUUUUCUCGUCUUUCUUUCUUUCUUUCUUUCUUUCUUUCUUUCUUUCUUUCUUUCUUUCUUUUCCUUCUUUCUUUCUUUCUUUCUUUCUACUCUUGAAUUGCUUACUUCUCUUUCUUUCUUUCAUUCUUUCUUUCUUUCUUUCUUUCUUUCUUUCUUUCUUUCCUUCUUUCUUUCUUUCUUUCUUUCUUUCUUUCUUUCUACUCUUGAAUUGCUUACUUCUCUUUCUUUCUUUCUUUCUUUCUUUCUUUCUUUCUUUCUUUCUUUCUUUCUUUCUUUCUUUUUUCUACGUUUUAUAUUUUCCUUCUCUCCUGUCUAGUCAACUGAUGUUUCGCUUUUUCUCGUCUUUCUUUCCUUCCUUCUUUUUCUUUCUUUCUUUCUUUCUUUCUUUCUUUCUUUCUUUCUUUCUUUCUUUCUUUCUUCGGUUUAGUCUUCUUUCUUGUCUCUUUAGUUUUUAUUUUCUUUCAUAUAGUCUUGAAUUGCUUACUUCUCUUUCUUUCUUUCUUUCUUUCUUUCUUUCUUUCUUUCUUUCUUUCUUUCUUUCUUUCUACGUUUUAUAUUUUCCUUCUCUCCUGUCUAGUCAAAUGAUCUUUCGCUUUUCUCGUCUUUCUUUCUUUUUCUUUCUUUCUUUCUUUCUUUUCUUUCUUUCUUUCUUUGGUUUAGUCUUCUUUCUUGUCGCUUUAGUUUUUAUUUUCUUUCAUAUAGUCUUGAAUUGCUUACUUCUCAUUUUCUUUUAUUUCUUUUUUGCUUUUUCUUUCUUAUUUUCUUUCACAUCAAUAUACUUCCCUUCAUGUGUUUCUUUCUUUGUUAAUUUAUUUAUUUUAUUUUCUUAUAUCCCUUCUGAAUUUUUCCUUCAAUUGUUUACAUUCAUUUAUUUUCUUUCUCUUUUUGCUUUUUUCCUUUUUUUUUUUUGCCUUCUUUCUAUCUUUCUUUCUUUUUUCUUUCUUUCUUGUUUAUAA